CACAUGUUGAGCUCUAUGCAUAUCAUCCAAGUUAUUAUUUACAAAUCCUCUCAUAUUUUGCAUUACAAAAUGGCUUCUAAUGACGGAUUUGUUUACACAAAUAAAUUCCAAAGUACCAUAAAUCUCCAGUCAAGUAUAGCAGAGAUAUCAAAGUUAUUUCUAGGUGCAGCGAAACUGUUUCCAGAGAAAUUAUCUGAUAUAUACAAGAGUAUCACUGUAAUAAGCCAAAUUCCACUCGUUUGGGAAAUUCAAUAUGCUAAAGGAUGUCCAGUAAAGAAAGAAGUAAUUAGGGUUGAUGAACUUGAUGUAGUGAACUUGAAACUUUCAUAUACUGUGAUUGGUGGAGAUCUCCUGAAAUUCUACAAGAAUAUCAAAGUUGAGGCAGGGUUGAUUCCAAAUGAAAGUGGAUGUGUUGUAACAAGAACCUAUGAGUUUGACAAGAAAAAUACUAAAUUUGGUCCUGCCUUUUUGGAAUUUGACAUUGUCAAGAUCAUUGAAGUGGAUAGAGUAUGUUCAAAUAUACCUAGUAAGGAAUAAAUUACAGAGUGUCUUAUGCAGUAAAUAAAGUCCUACUCAUCUUGUAGGAAUACUACAUAAUUAUGUAUUAUGUGAUGAGGUAAAUAAAGAUCAUACUCUUUGGUCAAGCUA